AUGGGCUUCGAUGUCAUGGAGAAUCUCCACGAGUUGAAGAGCCAGCAAGCCUCACUCUUUGCCAUGGAGGUCUUUGAGGUACAGAGUCCAUACCAUGGACAGAAUGUGCACAGGGAGAGUUCUGUGAUCAGCAGCCUGAAGGAAACAGAUGGUUCGGUCAUUAGUCUGUGGAGCCCUCUUCACCAGAGACCGGUCAAGGCUGGGUCAUCAAAUAUAAAGGUUGCGUCAGAUAAGCUCUUGGUGAAUAUGCAGCCAAAGAGUACAUAUUUAGUGCGGACAGUCUGUGAAGACGGAGGCCUCGGCGGACCACCCCUCCCCCAACUUCUCCGCCGCGUCCCGCCUUCCAGAGGUGGGCGGAGCCGGGAGCGAGGUCCCCGCCAGCCGGGCCGACAUCCCCCGUUCCGGAUUGGACGGGGCCGGGAGGCGUCGCGCAGCGUGGGUGCCACCCCCUCGGCGCCGACUGGCCAGGGCGGCUGUCCGUCAGCCGAGGGGCGGUCCGACCGGGUUAUAAAAGGAGACGCAAGCGCACUCUCGGACUGCGACCCAGUGCUGCCCAGCAACUUCCUGCUGGGUGGCAACAUCUUCGACCCGCUCAACCUCAACAGCCUGCUGGACGAGGAUGUCAACAAGGCUCUCAAUGCCGAGACCCCCAAGUCCUCGCCUCUGCCCAGCCGCAACCGUGACCCAGUGGAGAUCCUCAUCCCCAAGGACAUCACCGACCCACUCAACCUCAACAAUGACUCUGAGGUCCUGCCGUCGCCCCUGAAGCUGGGCCGCAAGAGGCGACACCGGCAUUACCACCACCCGCCUGGCCAACCGCCUCAGUCUGCCGAACCAGCGGAGAGGAGCCAGGUUCCCCCGCUCGAUCCCAGCGCCCGGGAUUGCCCCGUGGGCCAGAACUCGGCAGCUGCAAACGCGGGGCCGGGGAACUCUGAAGUACCAGUUGAGUCGGAGGGCCCCCAGCCCUAUGAGCUCAACACCGUCAUCAACUGCAGAGAUGAGAUUGUGUCGCCCGUCCUUCACGGCUCUGAGCAAGCUCCGACCGGAACCCGGCAUCGCAAGCGGCGCCGGACUACCAGCAAGUCCGAGAUGGGCAAGGUCCCUGCUGGCUCAGAGGAAGAGCCCAGGCUGCCAGGUGCUGAUGCCAAGAAGUCGACAGCAGAUAAGACGAAGGGCAAGUCGUCUCACCACCACCACCACCAUCACCAACACCAGCAGCAUAGCCUCCAGCGCCACUCCAGCUUGUACCGUGACGGCAAGGCCCAGCCCAACUUCCAGAGCAAACAGAAGCGGUUCCAAUAUGGCAACUACACCAAGUACUACGGCUACCGCAACCCCGGGCGCUGCGAGGACCCUCGGCUCGGCUUCUUCAAGCCUGAGUGGUUCCGGGGCAAGGACAUCCUGGACCUGGGCUGCAACGUGGGCCACCUAACGCUCAGCAUCGCCAAAGACUUGAAGCCCUCACGCAUUGUGGGCAUCGACAUUGACGGUGGCCUCGUCCACACGGCCCGACAGAACAUCCGCCAUUUCCUGUCGCAGGACGUGCUGCCGUCGCAGGGCGAUGGGCAGGUGAAGAGGUGUUUCCCACUGUCGCUGACCAAAUGCAAGGGCCCGAUCGUAGCCCCACCCGUGACUGUGGAUCACUGUGUGACCGAGUUCCCCAAUAACGUCACCUUCAUCCAGGGAAACUACGUGCUGGAGAAGGAUGAAUUGCUGGAGACGCAGAGGCCAGAGUACGAUGUCAUUCUGUGCCUAAGUUUGACAAAAUGGAUUCAUCUCAACUGGGGCGACGAGGGGCUCAAACGGAUGUUCAAACGCAUUUACAGGCAUCUGCGGCCUGGUGGCAUUUUCAUCCUGGAGCCGCAGCCCUGGUCGUCUUAUGGGAAGCGGCGGAAAAUUACGGAGACAAUCUACAAGAACUACUAUAAGAUUAUCUUUAAACCGGAUCAGUUUACGUCUUAUCUGUUGUCCCCAGAGGUUGGGUUUUCCAGUUACGAACUGGUGGGAACACCUCAAAGCACAUCUAAAGGGUUCCAGCGGCCGGUUUACCUCUUUCACAAAGGGUCAUCCAUCUAGUGCGAACUAAGACUUCCAAAGCCAGCUCCUGGCUGCUAUUUCAGUUUCUUUUGUCCAUCAAUGGCUCUUUCCCGACCAUCUCCUCUCUCUUGUCGAAGCCAGUGGAAGACCCUGCACGGGACACGUGGUCUAUCGUCAUGAGCACUGCCUUUUUUUUUCCGUUUGUUUUAAAUUGACAAGCUGUUAAUCUCGAUCUGCUUCACAUAAAAGCCUCAAUGAAUGUAUAAAGAGAAAGGAAACGCAUACUAGGGUUACAAAAAAAACUGCAUUUGCUGGCUUCAGGCACCUCUUGGGUGGGGAAGGGAGCACGUGACUUAUUUUCGAAAGUGUAACUUCUGCUCUUGAAUUCACAGUGCGCCAACACUGUCAGCAUUGCCUCUAGGAGAGUUUCAGCCCCUUUUUCUGACAAAGCCCCAUUGUUUGGUUAUGUGGGAAUGCACGGAUUUCUUGUGGAGUGGCAGGGGGAGGAAUAUCUAUUAAACACGGAGAGACAUCACAGAUGAAACUAUCACAAUGGCCCUACGUACUGUUGCAUUGUUUUAAUAUCAUAACCUCCAGUGCGUCAGCCACUUGUCCAUAGGGUAAUUUGACACUUCUCUCUCUUCACCCAGUCUUCACCAAAAAAGAAAGUUUUGCUGGACAUUAUAAACCAGCCAAACCCUGAAACCAGUUGGGCUUGUAGAUGCAACUAAAAUCAUCCAUUGUUAUUCUGUUAGAAUGAUUGGCCAUGAAUUUGGAGAUAUGGUCAUGUUGAGCUGUGUGCAGACCCUUGCCAUGUGGUGGUGACCAUUUCCAUUGCCCUGGUUGGUAUGAGCACAGGAUGUGAGCAAUGUUGAGUUUGAGAUUGAUCCAAAACUUUAUGGCCAGUGGUCUGGAAUAGUCACUUGUAACUUCUAACAGUUUCCGCAGUUGGUACUGCUACAUCUUUUUGUCUUUUUCCCCCCUGCCUCAAACCAGGCAGAUGCGCUUUUCAGCUGUUCCAAAUCCCUCAGUGGUGUUGAGGAAGGUGAUUUUUGUUUUCUCAUCUCUCUUUAUCGUCUUGAUGUCCAAAAACUCAAAUGUUACAUCGACCCUUUUUUUUUCCUCAGUAAUUCUGAGCUGGGUUAUUGAAACCCUGUACGUGCAGCGCUAAGACUUAGGUAAAAGUGAGCAGCAUGUGCGAUAGCAACAAGUAUUAGAGUGGGGUUAAGAGGUCUGAGCACUGUAGUCAGGACUUGCUUUGAAAUGCUUACCUAUAAGCGCUGUGUGCUUCAGCAAGCUCUGGUUUGCAUUUCUCCCCCAGAUUGUAACUAUCAAGUCAGCAGAACCAAGUGGAAUUAUUUUAAUGUGAAACGCCUGUCAUUUUUCCCUUAUCCCUCCCACACGCACGUUUGUUCGAAUCUUUCAGGCCAGCGUUUGGUCUGAUCAACUAAUCAGCUAAUAGCAGAGUGGGAUGAUAGUCCUAGAUGUGACUAGUGACUUUUUCAAUAAAUAAACUCCUCAGAUUUUGACACGUUUUUGUGUGUGUGUGUGUGUGUGUGUGUGAGAGAGAGAGAGAGAGAAUGAGUAACAAUGAGAUUUGAUAAGUGAAACAUUUGGAGAUUACUUUGUUUUAAAGUAAGAACUCUUGAAAAAUAUUAAUUGCAAGAACAUGAUGCAGCAAUUGUGGGGGGGGAGGUGUACUGCACCUUUUUUGGUUCUGCCAUUCUAUAAAAUUCCUGAAAGCCAACUACUUAGAAAUGACUCCAAACCUCAUGCACUCGUGUGUGUGUGUGUGUGUGUGUGUGCGCGCGCGCGUGUAUGUGUCUCUCUCUGUCUGUCUGUCUGUAUAUAUACUGGAGUAGUUUUUACUGCUCAAAAACCCUUUCACUCCUUGCGCUGACCCCCCUCCACCAUCCCCAAAAAGAAAUUUUGUAAACAGGCGCUAAUCUAUGAAGGUACAGAAUAAAGUGCAUGUUAGCAUUCCCCCCCCCCCCCCACCUCAUCUGGACCAAUGAGCUAGACUUGAUAAGUUGGAUCCAUGCAGUAACCCUUUGCCAUGCAUUUGUUGCUAUGCACUGUAAAUAUUCCUGCAGUACAGUACAGAAAUGAUGCUUUUGUAAUUUUCUUUCUAAGGUUAAGAGGUUUCCUGACUUCAUUCAGUGCUUUGUUUCAACAUCCAUAACCUUCUGACUGCUCUCAUCCUAACCCAAUUUUCAUCUUGGCUCUCCUAUGUUCCUGUUGAAAAGGCCAUUGUGCUGGUUAUUUUCUUAAACAUUUUUUUCGUGGGAUGGGGUGGGGGUGGGUUUGAGAAUUGGGUAGAUCCAGUGCUUCAUGUUAAAAUAAGGGGUUUCUUUUUUUUUCUCUGCUGUUGGGGAGGGAAAAAGGGGUGGAAUAAAGCUCAUGGCCUUGCCAGUGUUUUGGGUCUGCGCAGACCCCGGGAUCCAAGGAGAGUUAAACAUUCUGUUGUGCUUUUACAAAGAAUUUUUAUUUUUGUUUCCACUUCUCAUUGACAGACCAGUUCAAACCUUGGGCCAGAGCUGCAUGUGCUAGGUAAACGUUGUUUCACUGUUAUCUUCUAACAGUGACCUUCUGUCCAUUUUUGUGCAUUCUAGAAUCCACCCACUAGACAACCUGGUGGUGAGGUUCCGUCGCCAUCCCUUAUUUGACCCAUUGGUUCAAAGGAUCAGUAUUAAACGCAAAGGGAUAGAUCUGUGGGAAGUUUGAUUCUGAUCUGGAGCUCUCAGCACAGUUUGCCAAUCGUUACUGGCUGUGAUUGAUUAGGUAGGGAAUCUGAGAAUUCUGGACUCGAGUCAAACCAGAGGCAUGUUUUGUGUGUCAAUUUUAUCACAAUUGUUGACAGGCACUUAGUUAUCUUUUUGGAUUAGAACUCACCCCUGGCAAAGAUCACCCCAAGAAUUCACCUCUAGCUCACUUGCUGACAAUAUUUCUUUUUCCUUGGAACUUGUCUAAUGGCUGUUCAAGUUGGGGGUUUUAGAACACGUUCUUUCUUAAUCUGGGUUUGAAGUGUAUGGACUUCAAGGAGUCUUAUUCCUUUAUUUUAAAGGGAGCAAGUUUUACAUGCACAUUGAAUUUGCCUUUUUUUUUCAGAUUAAGGCACUUCUUGAAUAUGUACCUAGCAGCACCGAACCUUUCCCUUCAAGAAUGCAUCCAGUCAGAUUGGCCCUAAACUGCCUGUAAUGAACUUCCAACCUCACCAUUCUCCCACUGUUCAUUUGCAAUGUCCAGUGGCUGAAUAGCGUGUACAACCCUGUGUAGGUGUCUCAUUUCGAGCUGAUUACAGUCACUGUUUUGUCUCUCUGCUCCUGCCCCCACCCCUGUGAUUUCUCUGCCUUUUUCCAAUAUCUCUUACAGGCUUAGCCAAUCCCUUUUCCAAUGAGCAACUGCAAUGAAAGGUGCUCCUGAGGAGGAACUCCUGUGGCUGCCUUAACACCUGGAGUGCAGCAAACCAUUUUGGCGUGAGCAGGUUUAGCAGCAGUCUCAGCCCAUUGGUACUUGCACUGGUCUCUCAAUUUGUCUUUUGUUUUUAAUUAAGCCAUGGCUUGUAAACGAGGUGCUUUCUCCAACUAUUUACCAGCUCCGUACAGGAACUUAUUUCUUCAGUGUGAUAAACUGUAUCUUUGACAACUGGUUCACUGCAGCUUCCAAACAGGGAGGGGAGGGUGGGGAAGGCAACUGUAUGUACAUGUCUGCAUUACAGGGGGUGGUUAAGUGCAAAUAAACUUGAGAUUCUAGAUUUUUAAGAAAAAAAAGUAAAUAAAAUGUUGUCUUUGAUAAAAAGUUUCAGGAAAAAAAUUGUCAUUUGUGAAUUUUUGUAAAAAAAAGAUAAAACCAAAUGCUGCAAAAAUCCAAUGUCAAACAUACAUCAAGUGUCAUUACAAUAAAGGAAUACAAAGUGUUAAA